GUAUAUACUAAUAUUUGUGUUAAGAAUGAGCACAAUAUGCAACAAAUAUGUCGCAGCAGGCCUCAGCAACCUAUAUGGAAAGACCGACCAUGCGAACUGCACUGUAGUCUUCACCGUCGCAAGAAAACCUGUACAAGAGCCCUUAGUGGCUGAUAUUGCACCCGCGCCUGAGGAAGGACGUCGUGAGGGCGAUGGACGCACACACGACAAUUGCGCAUAUAAUGGCGCGAACCCGGGAGAGCAAGCAACAUCUGAGCCUAGCCAAUCAGAAAGCUCGGACGCAGAUGAAUUGGAGGAUAAUCUGCUGCCUGCGGCGGAGGCGCUGACUCUGUCGUUUGAGGAGAAGCGAUGGCUGGCCAUGAACGCUGGCGCCUACAGCAGGCCCGCUCACGGCGCCAGCGAGCAGGCCCAAACUGAAGUGGGGUUCGUGGGCGAGCCGCUACCCGCGCAUACGUUCGUGCUGUGCUUGGCUUCGGAGCGGUUUCAGACGCAGAUGGAGAGGUGGGCGGAUGAGCCGGCGACGGCGGGGCCUGGGAGCCCGGAGCCCGCAACCUCGAAGGCCAGCGGGGCGGCGACAACUUUAGUCGGUGGGGCGUCAGCGGCUGACGGCGUUGGCGCGUCAGCAAAAGCAGCCGGGGCGACAGAGGCAGCCGGGGCGACAGCGGAGGGCGGCAGCGCGGCGGCAGAGUCCUGCAGUGGGGCGGCAGUGGGGGAGUCUGAGGCGACAGCAGAGGCCGACAGUGGAGCGACAACGGCGGCAGCGGAUGCAACAGCGGCGGCCAGUGGUGGUGCGGUAUUGGAGGCAGGUGUGGUGACAGCGGAGGCCGGCAAUGCAGCGGCAACAGAGGCUGGCGUCGGGGCGACAGCGGAGGCCGGCGGUGGGGCGGCAGCAGCUGAUGAUGGGGCGACAGCACGGGCCGGCAGUGGAGCGCCAACGGAGGCGGCGGAGGCAGCGGCAAUGGCAGCAGGGACCGGCGGCCAGGCAACAGCGAUGGCGGGCGGUCAGGCGGCAGUGGAGAUCGGCUGCCAGACAACAACAGCGGAGCCAAGGCUGGCAAAGCAGCAGAACGUCCGUGAGCCGCCGCGGCCUCUGGAGCUGCGUGUGCGGCUGGGCGGUGAGGAGGAGCUGCCCGCAGCGCUUGCAGCCAUCAAGUUCGCCUACACGGGGCGGAUAGAGGCGGGCAGCGUUCGUGAGGUGCUGCGGGUGUGGAAGCAGGCGGACUACCUGCAGAUGAAGGGAUGCGUGGAGGCGUGCGUGGAUGCCUUGCGAGACAAGCUGGGCUUGUCCAGCGCGGCCCAGCAGUGCACCCGGGGGUCAGCAGGGGGCGCGAUACAGCCCAGCGCCAGUGCCAGCGCCAGCACCAUGGCCGCUCCCGUGUUGCAGCUGUACGGCUGCAUGCAACUGUGGCCGGACCCCAAGCAUGAGCCAGCGUUUGCGGCGCUGCUGAAAGAGGCCAAGCCGCAGCUGGUGGCGCACUUUGGCGACGCGCUGGCGGUGCUGAACACGAAGCACCUGUAUAAGCAGAUGCGGGCGCUGCCGGCUGUGGGCCUGGAGGCUUUGCUGGAGAGCGAUGACUUCAGCACCGACAGCGAGAGCAGCGUUGUGCUGAUGAUGGCGGAGUGGAUGCAACUUAACUACAGCACCACGGAUGCGGCCACGCGGCGGCGGCUGUGCGGGCUGCUGCGGCUGUCGCAUUGCAGCCGCGCCUACCUGGACUGGGUCCUGCCCGCACUGGCGCUGGACCACCACGACCACCCGGACACCCAGGCGGGUUGGCUGCCUAUCACCCCGGAGCAGGCGGGCUGUGUGGCUUACUUUGCCAGGGCACUGCUUGUCGAGAAGGCGGAAUUCCUCAGGGCGGCUGAAGAGACGGGCUGCCCGAGAACGUGGCUGACCAGCAAGCCGCGCCGUAGUGCUGCGCCUGCGGGUGGGUACUCCUACCUCUUUAGCUCCAGCCGGGAUGCGCUGUGCGAGGAGUUUGGGGCACUUGCGGAGGGCGGCACGGCGAGCGUGUACCUGGUCCUGGACGACACGCCGAGUGGAUACCUGUGCGCUAUGGGGCUCGAGUGGUACCCGUCCAUCUCCUACACCCAGGGCCGGGAGGAAGCGGGCCUGUUGCUCACGGGGAAUCUUCCCGAAGCAUAUAAUGUUGGGCAUGCCGGCAGCAGCAGCAGCAGCAGCAGCAGCAGCGCCUUUGCGUCGCUGGCCCGGCUGCGGUGGCCGAUAGGCCUGCUGCGGUGUCGCUUGCACCUGCAGGUCAACUGCGGAUACGCCCCCGGUCGGUCGGAUUAUGUCAUGUGCCUGCAGCUGAGCGCGGACACGGUGGGCUGGUUUGGGCGGGCUGUCGGCGGGAGAAACGCGAUCCAUUUGGCUGAGGCUCCCGCUCCGCCAAAGCCGUCACGGCAGCUGGAGGCGGGGGACCAGGGUCAGCGGCAGCAGCAGCGGCAGCGGCAGGCGCGCGAGGCGGCCGUGGCGGCCCAGUGGGCUCGGUUCCUCAAGGACGGCCGGGUCAGGGGCAAGAUUGUCGUGUCUUGAGCGGCGCUGGAGGCUGAGACGGCGGUCCGUGGGUUGUAGGCAGCUGAGACUCUAACAUCGGCAGGCAGGCGGAGCAUUGCUCGUGAUCAAUAAUUUUACAUGCCAUGUCAUUGAAAUGCGUAGAUGCGAAUGUACCUGAUGGCACGGGGUUGGGCGGGUGACACGUGUGUCGUCCUUUGAUGCGCUUGAACGAGGGGGGUAGCCGUUCAUGAUAACGGACCAAUCAAAUCACACGGGUAACUGAAGGGCCGCCCCUGGUUACCGUAGGUGGAUGAGCAGGGAUGUGUCAGGAUUCAAGUGGGCCAGCGCUGGCGGUAAUGUUGGGAUUUUAAAGAACGAGAGGCCAAGAAAGGCUGCGGAUUGACCCCUAGCUGCGAUCUGUGUGUGGAUGACAUGCCACACCGAAUUGUGCCGGGGCUGGAUCACACAAAGUAGGUUGGUGACAAUGCGGGUGUCACGGGGCUACCGUGCCUGUCGUUGGCAAGGGAUCAAGGGGACCUACGACUCGUUGUAGUGUAGCGCCAGGCGUCAGUUCGACGAGGUCUGUCAUGUUUUGUAUUGAUGUAUUGGAGCAGGGUUCACAAUUGUUGGCAGCAGGCUCCAGCAUUUGGACUCUGUAACAGCGACCGGGU